AUGAUCUUGGUGGUCGUUGUUACUAGUUUCGUGGGUAAUCCUCAGGAUGAAGCCGACAAGAAGGCGCUCCAAAGUAUUGUGGAGACCAAUGCCACGGGUCAGGCUUUGUACAGAGAUUUGACGCACGACUUUGCGCACCAUGCUGUGUUCAAGAGGUUAUUCCAUUGCAAGCAGCCCGCUGAUGCACCCGAACAAAAUUCGGCUUUGUGUCGUCCUGGUGGAUUGGACUGUGGAGAGCACCGAAGAGCUUCGCUUGGUAGGCUACAUGCGACAGCAAAACACUGGAACGAUGAUGAUGACGUGCAGUGCGCCAAAGCGCCAUUGUCCUGCCCAAGGAUCCUGUGA